UCAUCGUGAAAGAAACGGAGGCAUUCGUUGCUACUCGUUCGUGUUGCAAACUCCUAGAUUUUUUGGGUUCUGUCGCAUUCUUUCCCCGUAAUUGAUAAAGCAUUUGAAACAUCACAGUCAUCUCACCGCCUACCUGGCCGUGACUGUGCCCUCAGAUUGAUGAGAGCUGUGGGACCUAGAGUACAUAAGGCACGUAACUUCCUCUGAAAUUUUGUGCAAUCUUUUAUUCUGUGAUUGCAAUGGUUAGCCCUUGGAUCGAUAUCGAGUCCAGAACGUGACCUCGGUUUAAAAAAGUGAAGCGAAAAGAAUCGGAGGACGAUAGCGAGGACGCUCUUUCCCACGAGUCCAGAUUGUAAAACUGGUCAGGACACGACCGAUCGAGUUAAAAUGUAAAUUUAUAACAACACGACACGCCAGCAAACGACAGGACGAGCCGAACAACAGGAUCGUAUCCGAAUUUAUCGGAGUAAACGCAGGAGCCUCCAUCAGAUGUUGUCGGCGAAGUGGGGAAGCUGCAUAAAAGAUAACGUGUCUCGCUCACGGAGGUCAGUCGACGAUUGGGAGGCGGUUACGAAUCGCAGCUCCGGAGAACAUUCGUGAAAUCCCUCGCUAAGACCAUAAGAUCGAAUUGUUUCGUAAAGCCGUAAAAGAUCGGCGGGUCGAUAUGCUGCGCCUAAUCUUGGUAGCAGCAGUUGUAACUCUGGUGGCAGCCAAGCCAACGACGGAGGAUGCAGUGGACCUCAGCAAAAGUUCACAAACUGCCGAAAAUCUCCUGAAAAAUGCCCAAGAACUCCUGAAACGUAUCGACGCGCAAUACGCAGAGUGGAGUAACAAACAGAGCAUCGCCGGAUGGAAUUACGCGUCGAAUCUGACGGAUGAGAACCUGGCGGAAAAGCUGAGUGUAUCUACGGCGGCAGCGCGCGUCUCCAAGCAGAUUGCUCAAGAAGUGAAUGCCUUCCCUUGGAGAGACUUGGAAGAUGAGUCUAUCAAGAGGCAGUUCAAGAAACUCGGUGUACUCGGUAUCGCCGCUCUUCCUGAAGACAGUUACAAAGAGUUCGAGACGACAGUCAGUCAGAUGGAGAACAUCUAUAGUACUGCAAAGAUCUGCGAUUACAAAAACAAGAGCAAAUGCGAUCUCGCGCUCGAGCCGGAGAUCACGGAGACGCUGAUGCGUAGUCGCGAUCCUGAGGAGUUGAAGCACAUCUGGGUGGAGUGGAGGAAAGCAUCGGGAGAGAAAGUCAAGUCUCUGUACCCCAAGUACGUCGAGCUAGCCAACACUGCGGCAAGACUUAAUAACUUCUCCGACUAUGCAGCAUAUUGGAUGAAGGACUACGAGGCCGAUGAUUUCCCCGAGCAAAUCGAGAACCAAUGGCAACAGUUGAAGCCGCUGUAUUUGCAAUUGCAUGCCUACGUACGGCGCGAGCUCAGGAAGAAGUAUGGCGCGGACAUUGUCACCGAAGACGGUCCAAUCCCGGCGCAUCUAUUGGGCAACACCUGGGCACAGACUUGGUCGAAUAUCGCGGACUUCACCGUGCCGUUCCCGGGCAAACAACUGCCGGACGUUACCGCCGCUCUAGUCGAACAAGGUUACAAUGCGACGAGCAUGUUCCGCCUCGCCGAGAACUUCUUCACGUCGAUCAAUUUGUCUGCCAUGCCGGACGUGUUCUGGGAAAAAUCGAUUCUGACGAAGCAGGAAGGCGUAGAAAUGAUCUGUCACGCGAGCGCGUGGGACUUCUACGACGGCCAGGACUUCAGAAUCAAGCAAUGCACGCGCAUUAACAUGGAAGACCUGCUGACGGCACACCACGAGAUGGGCCACGUCGAGUAUUAUCUACAGUACAAGAACCAGCCUACAGUUUUCAAGGAAGGCGCGAAUCCAGGUUUCCACGAGGCGGUCGGUGACGUUAUCUCUCUCAGCGCGUCCACUCCUAGUCAUCUGAAGAAGAUCGGUCUACUGAAAGACGACUCGACGGACCAGGAAGCGCUUCUCAAUCACCUCUACGCGAAGAGUCUCGACAAAAUCGUCUUCCUGCCGUUCGCUUAUAUGAUGGAUCGAUGGCGUUGGAAUGUAUUCCAGGGAAAAGUCACAUCCGACAAUUACAACUGCAACUGGUGGUCGCUCGCUGAAGAGUAUCAGGGAAUCGAACCUCCCGUGGAUAGAUCGGAAGAAGACUUCGAUCCUGGCUCGAAGUAUCACAUAAUCGCGGACGUUGAGUAUAUAAGAUACUAUGUGAGCUUCGUAAUACAAUUCCAGUUCCACAAGGCACUGUGUACUAAGGCGAAGGAAUACGAUCCGAAUAAUCCAGAUGCCAAGCUGUUGAGUCAGUGUGAUAUUUACAAUAAUAAAGAUGCUGGAAAUCUAUUGAAAUCUAUGUUGGAGCUGGGCUCUUCGAAACCAUGGCCCGACGCGAUGGAGAAAAUCUCGGGUCAGAGGCAAAUGGACGCGGCUGGACUUUUGGAAUACUUUAAGCCCUUGACAGAUUGGUUGACCGAAGAAAACAAGAAAACUAAUGAAUACAUUGGAUGGAAGCCUAGUAAAAAACAAUGCGUACAGACGAGAGGGGAGCUUGUAAAUUAGAUCUAUUGACUUUCGGAAUAAUAUACUCCCCACUAAUAAAAAAAGAGAAUAGGAAAUAUAUUUUGAAACGAACACCAAACAUUCCAUUUUGACGCAAUAAAUAUCGAGCAAUGAACAAACGUUCAUGAUUAAUUUUGUUUCAAGUUUUUCUAAAUAAACUGCAUUCCACCUUUUAA